AUGGCUCUCAAGCGUAUUAACAAGGAACUCACUGACCUCGGCCGUGAUCCCCCCUCUUCCUGCUCUGCUGGUCCUACCGGAGAUGACCUGUUCCACUGGCAAGCAACUAUCAUGGGUCCUGGUGACUCCCCAUACUCGGGAGGCGUUUUCUUCUUGAACAUUCACUUCCCCACCGACUACCCAUUUAAGCCCCCGAAGGUCAACUUCACCACCCGCAUCUACCACCCCAACAUCAACUCGAACGGCAGCAUCUGUCUUGACAUUCUCAGAGACCAAUGGAGCCCUGCUCUCACGAUCUCCAAGGUGCUACUCUCGAUUUGCUCGAUGCUCACCGACCCCAACCCCGACGAUCCGUUGGUGCCCGAGAUUGCUCACGUGUACAAGACCGACCGUCCUCGGUACGAGGCGACCGCGCGUGAAUGGACUCGCAAAUACGCUAUCUGA